AUAAUUUCUUUUUUUUCGUCUCAUUUCGAUUCAUUUUUAAUAAAUCAAUAUAGGAAUUCUAAUGAGAGAGAGAGACUAUUGAUUGUUUUUGCGAGAUUGCCACGUGGCAAUCGAACUUUGGCAAAUUUGUCACGUGGCAAUCUAACUUGGAUCUUGGCAGAAUUGCCACGUGAUUGAAAUAUAAUUAUUGUUUCAUCUAUCGGAAGGUCUUAUAAACAAUAUCAAAUCGUUCGUACAAACUGAAGAAAUAUCGUUUCUAUCAUUUUCUUUAAACGUACUUCUUUUGACACUGACUAUUCGCUUAUGAAUUGAAUGAUAUCAACUGUAAGAACUAAGUUCAAGAUAAAGUAAGAUGGAGAUAAGGUAAGAACUAACGAAUGUAAAUAAUGAUAAAAAAAUCGAGCUUGGAUCUUGGCAAAAUUGCCACGUGGUAAUCGAAUUUGCAUCUUGGAAGAAUUGUCACAUGGCAAUCGAAUUUGUGUCUUGGCAAAAUUGCCACGUGGCAUAAUCGAAUUUGCAUCUUGGAAGAAUUGCUACAUGGCAAUCGAAUUUGCAUCUUGGCAAAAUUGCCACGUGGUAAUCGAAUUUGCAUCUUGGAAGAAUUGUCACAUGGCAAUCGAAUUUGUGUCUUGGCAAAAUUGCCACGUGGCAUAAUCGAAUUUGCAUCUUGGAAGAAUUGCUACAUGGCAAUCGAAUUUGCAUCUUGGCAAAAUUGCCACGUGGCAAUCGAAUUUGUGUCUUGGCAAAAUUGCCACGUGGCAUAAUCGAAUUUGCAUCUUGGAAGAAUUGUCACAUGGCAAUCGAAUUUGCAUCUUGGAAGAAUUGCUACAUGGCAAUCGAAUUUGUAUCUUGACAAAAUUGCCACGUGGCAAUCGAAUUUGCAUCUUGGAAUAAUUGCCACAUGGCAAUCGAACUUGGACUUUGGCAAAAUUGCCAUGUAGCAAGAAUGACAGCGGCCAUAUUGAAACAAUACAGGCAAUUUUUGUCAGGUAUUAGAAAGAAAGGAAGCGAGAACGGAGAUUUAGAAACGCAGCUAUAACAAUCGAAUCGCAUAAAUAUCAUCUGCAUAGCAAAUUAAAGGUGGGAAGUUCAUCAAAGAUGAGCAGAUCUGAACUUGAGAGAAAACGCGAAAGUAGGAGAAGAUGGCACAAAAACCAAAAAUUGCUAGAAGAACAUGACAAGUUACGAUUGGAGAAAAUUAAAGAAUUUGAUAUAAAAUAUAAUAGGGAACGACAGUUGAAAAAUGGAAAAAUUUAUGAACACGAUCUGCGUCAAAUACAAGUAAUGAUUAAAGAAAAGAAAAUAACUUCUUCUUCUUGCAACUAUAAUACAAAUUAUCAAAUCAAUAGGGACAUUAAUGUAAACGACAUAAUUAUUCCACGAAAGAAAGAUGAAGGUUCUCGUCCAAUAUUUCAAAGAAAAGAGAUAAAAAAUGGUUGGGUAGAAUUGGAAACUUUAAAAGACUCAAAAUACAUAUUCGUACAAGAUAUUAAAAAAGAGCACCACGUGCAAGAAAGUAAAACCUCGAACAGAAAAAGAAAUGAUGCCCAUCACACACAUUGUGAUGAUAAGAUUAUCCACGACAACAGGUCGUAUAACAAAUCAAAUGAGCAUGGCGAAACUAGUAGUAAUAACAAAUAUAAGAGUGACAGUAAUGAGAGCAGUAGUUCAACACGAAAAGAGAAAGAGCGAGAUUUAAAUAAAAAGAGAAAUGAAAAUGUAUCGGAUCAUCGUAAUGAUACAAUAUCCACUGCCAAGGAGUGUUCUCAUUACAGGAGUCCAAUCAAAGAAAAUAAAAAGGAAAAUCAAAAGCAUAUAACAAGAAACUAUAACAGUGGACAUUCUAGUACGAGCACAACAUCUAACAGGAGCAGAAACAAGAAAAGAAGUAGGAGCAGGAGCAGGAGUAGGAGUAGGAGUAGGAGCAGGAGCAGGAGUAAGAGUAGGAGUAGGAGUAGAAACGGAACAGGAGAAAAAGUUGAUAAUAACAAAGUUGCACCUUCAGUUAAAAGAUAUUGUGAUGAUGUACAUAGAUUCCAUCAUCACAUACCAUUACCAUAUGUCCAUCAAAGACCACAUAUGAGCUAUUACAAUCCUCAUCACCAAUAUAGAUUUAUGUUUGGACCGCCUUAUCCACCUCGGUUUCCCCAAACGAGACCAUUUUAUGGACAAAUCCCACCAUAUCGUCCAUCUAUGAUGUGGUAUCCACCUCCUCUAAACUAAAUUUUAUACUUCCACUCACAAUUGGAAUAAGGAUAAAACUGUAAACCGAGUGGAAAAUGCAGGAAAAACAAGCCGCAAAGGGGAACAAAAGUAAGCUUACGCUACAGAGACACUCUGUGACGUUUUGCGAUUUCGGAGCUCCCUUAUAUCGUCGAUCAACGUGGUGGUUUUAGUGAGAAUCCCGGCACAGAUGUAUUUCUGAAAAUUUUCACUAUGGUUAAAAUAAAAGGAAAGCAAUAAACCAAGUAUUCCUCUGACCACAACUGAUUAUUACUUAGAUAUAGUCAUUUUUGGCUGAAAAUGACUAUCUAAAUAUUCACUUAAAAAGGGCCUGAACCUUUGGCCGAAACGUAGUGUAACUUUAAUUAAUAAACUGCCAGUUGUGGUCAAUCAGAGGAAUACUUGGUUUAUUUUUCUGGCAAUACUAAGGGAUUGUCUCUGAUAAAAGGAAAGCUUACUAUAUUUUAUAUUUUAUAUAUUUUUUAAAUUUUAUCUUUAUAAUAUAUAUUUUAUAUUUUAGUAAAUUAGAUAAGAUAGAUUUAUAUUUUAUUAUAUUUAUUAGUUUAGUAACCCCAAUAGCCAACUCUGUCGAAAACAAAUAUCAUCACCUGCUACAGAUUUUGUUAGUAGAAACGCUACAGAUUUGACGCAGGUUUUGUCUUUUCUAUACUGUUAGCAACAUAGCAACAGAAACAUAACAAAAUCUGUAGGCAUAACCAAUCUGCAGCGCACAUUUGCACUAUUUCUGCCGCCAAUCUGCUGUUUUAUUAUGUCGGCAGGAUUUGGCAACAAAACAAAAGCUUAAUGCGGGCACAGAUGGCACCGUAUCUGCUGUAUCAUUCUGAUUAAAUUUGUUUCCGAUUUGCUGACAUAUUGUUAACAAUUUGCUUAUUGGGAAGUUAGAUAAUAUUUUAGAAAGAUAUAUUUAAUCGCUUGAGACAUUUAUUUUUAAUUUUAUAUAAGUUUAAUAUAAGUAUUGUAAUUGUAAAUAGCGUAUUAUUGUAAUUUUAAUCAAGUCUUCAUCAAUUUUAUACUCUCUCUCUCUCUUGCUGAACAUAUUUUUAAUAAAUCUUCCAUAUUGUAGUUCGUAUCCGAACGUCGUGAUCUUCUCACAUACACCACAUGUGUUUAACGUCGGUUCCGAACGACUAUAUGAGAGAUUUUCUUGGAAAGGAACUUUCGGUAGUUUGUUCCUUGCCUUCUGAGGACGAACAAUUUUUCGACUCUGCCCGGAACAUUUGUCAUUUUAUUACUAAAAAAGAAAUCAGAGAGAGAGAGAGAGAGAGAGAGCAUUUUUUAAAACUUGUUUUAUAUUUUACUAUUAGAUAUUAUUGGACUUAUUAGUAUUGAAUUUUAUAUGUAUGAUCUAAUAAAUAUUAGUAGACAAUUUUUCAGUAUCAUUUAUGUUGUUUGCCAUACAGCAGUUUAUAUUAGUGACGGUGAAAAUAUAAAUUUGUUUUAUUCUCCGUAUAAAAUGCGAAUCUAUCUCGAAAUCGUUUUAGAUAAGACAAAUGUAAAAAUAUGCAACUAAUAUAUGUAUAGAUGAUCUAAUAAGUUAAAAUAAAGUAACUUGUGUAUUUUUA